AACCUUCAACAAAUGCCCCAAAACGUAGAAGAAGCAGCGCAAUUUGACGCAGUGUGGAAGUCCUGAAGAGUACGACGUCCGAGUUUCAAGGCUGAUUUAUCUGAACGCAUGUGCGGGCAUGUCAGGCAGCAGGUUGAUGAGAGCCAUUAGAGUGAGUGAGUUCGGAGCUCCGUCAGUCCUCAGACUGCGCUCUGACGUGACUGUCCCUCAGCCCGGGCGCACACAGGUGUUGAUCCGUGUCCAUGCCUGUGGAGUGAACCCUGUGGAAACUUACAUCCGAGCUGGGACGUAUGCAAGGAAACCCACCCUGCCUUACACACCUGGCUCUGAUGUAGCAGGAGUGGUGGAAUCAGUUGGAGAAGGAGUGACUGCAGUGAAGGCAGGGGAUCGUGUGUUCACCACAGCUACAGAGACUGGAGGCUAUGCAGAGUACACUGUAGCAGCUGGCGACUCUGUUUACAAGCUGCCUGAUGCUUUAGACUUCACACAGGGAGCAGCCAUCGGGAUCCCGUACUUCACCGCCUACAGAGCUCUGAUCCACAAAGCGCACGCCAAGGCUGGAGAGACCGUUCUUAUCCAUGGAGCCAGUGGAGGGUCCACAGCACCUUAUUCCGAAGUUGUUGGCUCCAGAGGAUCUAUAGAGAUCAAUCCCAGAGACACCAUGAUUAAAGAGAGCAGCAUAGUGGGAGUGGCCCUUUUCUUUGCAACACCGGAGGAGUUGAAGGAGUGUGGAGCUCUACUGUAUGCAGGGAUGGAAGCUGGUUGGUUGCGUCCGGUCGUCGGUUCCCAGUAUCCGCUUGAAAAAGCUGCCCAGGCCCACCAUGAUAUCAUUGAGUCUCCCGGGGCUGCUGGGAAGAUGGUCCUGACUAUGUGACGACCAUGUAAUGGGUCACCGGUCACCUUUACAGUUUUUACAGUUCAGGCUGUUUUUAAAUGGGUGAUACUUUAAUAAAAUUUUCAGGAACAGUUAAUGUUGUUGUUUGUUGCUUCUAUUGUAAAAAUCAGUUUGCUAGAUCACAGAAAAUAAUGCAGAAAAUCCUUAGGCUGGAUUUGUUUUUACUGUACCAUCAUGGUGCGAUUUACCAAUUGGAUGAAACCUUACUGUAGUGAAGUUAUUUCUUUAGUUCGUGUUAAUAUACUUUUGUAUUUCUAAAGCUGAAUUUAAUAGUUUUUUUUCCAGAAUGAUCAGAGUGUUUUUGCAGAUCUCUUCAUAAGGUCUGUUGUCACUGAUUUUAGGUUUAGUUCUUGUGUAAUUUGGCAUAUCUCACUCUUUUCUUCUUGUUACCCUUCCUUAUGAAGGGCAUCUUGACAGCCAGCCUUCGCCUGAGAGCAUUUGUGAUGACGCUUCAUUAAACAGUAGAUGAAUAAACUGAAGGACUCCAUGCAUAUAU